AGCCCUGCAGCUCCAGCAGCGUUGCACCCGCUGCAGCGGGCCCACAUGGUGUCAGUCUGCCCGACCUUCUCCUCGCGAACGCCGGCAGACCCACCGGGCUCCAUGGGUGACGGCUACCGCUCUACAGGGCUAAACGGAGCCGUCCUCGGCGCUCUAAAGAAGGCACGGAGAACGAUCGAGACGACCGGGACAUGUCAGAAAGCUCUUCGGGUGUGAAAACUCUCAGCGGCAGUUUCCCCAAAUCCCACCUGUCUCACUGCUCCGACCUCAGUGCUGCUCACACGCCCGUGUCUGCGGACCGGAGCCCCGACUCUGGACUAGCAUCCACCCCUCUUCCAUCAGAUCGCUUUCGAUUUGUGUCGUGGCAUCGCCUGGAGCAGUGUGACGUCACAGGGGACCAGCUGACCUGCCCCAGGGUCAGAGAAGGGCCUUCGGACGAGGAGCUCUUUCACAGACAAAGAAAUGACGUUAGUUUGGAGAGAGGGAGGAGCACCAGGAGACAGGAGGAAGGACAGAGUUGGGAGGAGAGACUGCAGGAAAACUGGGAAAACUGUCUGGAGCUAAAUCUGUCCUAUCAAGACCUGGGUGACGCGUUCCAGCAGGAGAACUUCCUCCGGAUCCUCCGCCGCCUGAUCCGCGUGGAGAAGCUACAGCUCGUUGACAACUCCCUCACAAACCUGAGUUCCGUACGUCUGCCAAGGUGCAGAAUGUUGAACCUGCACCACAACCGCCUGGUGUGUCUGCGUCAGCUGCCAAAGCUCCCGGCCGUGGAGCACCUUUGCGUGUCUGAAAACGCCAUCAGCUCCCUGGACGGACUGGGAGCGCUGAGGAGCAGCCCGCUGCACUCGCUGAGCCUGAGCCGCAACCCCGUGACCUUCGCCCACGACUACCGCGCGCGCGUUUUCUCCUGUUUGCCAAAGCUGGAAGUCCUGGAUGGAAUCCCCAAGCUGCCAGAGGACUGUCUGGCCGCCAGACCACGGUUUCCAGAACCGACCAGGAUGUGCAACAUUUUGUGAUGGGUUCUGUGCCUGGGUGUGUUUGGAUGCGACCCGGCCCAGACCCCGUCCUGCCUGCAGGCGGGCGGCACCGGUCCUUCACAAAAGCCAAGUGGUGUUUAGUUACUUACACCGCCGUCGCUGAAGACACUUUUUAGACAGAAAAACUGAUUUUAACAAUGUGAUAUCGAGUGUAACUGUGAUAUUUUUUUCUAAAGAGGAUUUUAGAUAAUAAAUGGAAAAUACAG